GUGUUUGGGAAAUUGACUUUUUUUCGUGACGUAUGCAAGUGUCCAUCCAAUGCUUCAGAAGCCAUUGGGAGCAUAUUUAAAGGACAAUAAUCAUAUAAAAAUCCAUUUCUCGAAUUCUGAAGAUCCAGCACUUAAUCUAUACACUACAGUUAUGUUUUAAUCGAUCCCCGUCAUUUAAAAAUUAUAAAAACAAUCUAUUAGUAGACAAAAAGCGUUUUAGUAAACCUCACCUCAAUCCUUCGUGUUCUUUGACGUCACCAAUUGGUGUGCACAUGCGCUCAUUAGUUAAACCGCCGCCAUAUUUGUAGACAAACAAGCAUCAGUCGUUCAUUGAUUUUCUGUUUAUUUGUUACUGUUUUACAUUGUUGUUAUAGUUGAUUGUUUAGUGGACGUUGUUGUUAUGUCGAGCUUGUACAGGGAUUCUCUGGAAUCGGAUGUACAGCGCCGCUAUGACGAGAAAAUUAGGGAUAUCGGCGGAUUGGAUCCAUAUUGCAUUGCAAAGAAAGACCUAGACAAAGACAAGAAAUCCUGGCCUCAUGUAACCACCGUUGAUCUAGUGGACUUUUUGAUAUUUAGGAAGUCUUACUAUACAACAGAUGAACUCCGAAGCUACAAAUCUCUGGAGGCAUAUAAACUUUUCCAGGACGGAUGGAUCAAGGAAAUCCUGCACAAAGAAAUCAACUCAUUUCAUCUCCUCAAAGCUAAGGUCUAUCAUUCAAUGCGUAUCAGGGAGAAACCGUUGGAGCCCUGGGUGAUUGUUAGCAACAAAGGGGACAUAAGGAGUGGUCACUGCACCUGCAUGGCUGGACUGGGGGAAGCCUGUAGCCAUAUAGCCACUUUGUUGUUUGCAGCAGAAACUUGGACAAAAAUCAGACAAGAGGCAUCAGUUACAGACGUGCCUGCCUACUGGAUGAUGCCGUCGUCAACUCAGUUGGAGCACCCACACAAACGGAUAAGGAAUAUAGACUUUCAGUCAGCGUCCAAAAAAAGGAAAACCAGCGAAACUUGCACAAAUGAGCCCAACAUGAACAACUUCUCUUCUCCAACUAAACAGGAGAUGGCAAGUGCAUACCAGCGCCUGCACCGAAAUGGAAAAGGGGCUGCAGUUUUAGCAACCACAGAAGGAUAUGCUCAACACUUUGAGCCCAAGACAGUUACAGGAGACUGGCCCAUUGACAUGAAAACUGUCCAUAAUGAAGACCUCCUAGAUGCCGAAUUAGAUGAUGUGUUGACACAUGUAGAUAGCAUAGACAUUAGUGUCACUUCAGCUCAAGCUGCAUUCGUAGAGGCAGAGACACGCAAACAGGCCAGGUCUAAAAAGUGGCUGAAAUACAGGGUUGGCCGCAUCACAGCCUCCAAGACUUAUCAAGUGACUCACACCAGCACUGAAACACCAUCAAAGUCGAUUUACAAGUCUAUCUGCCAGCCAUUGCAGGUCAGCAGUGCAGCACUGGAGUGGGGAAAGAAGAAGGAGCCGGUAGCUAAGAAAGAUUAUCUCAGUUUGGCACGGAAUAACCACCAGGGUUUUUCAAUGCUGGAAAGUGGUCUUUUGCUGAACCCGGACCAUCCAGAAUUUGGAGCGUCUCCAGACGGCCUCAUCAACUGUUCUUGCUGCGGCUCUGGGGUGUUAGAAAUUAAAUGCCCCUACAACAUGAGGGACAGCGGUACUAUUGAAAUGCCUUAUUUGGUAAAUGGAAAAUUGAAAAGGGAAUCUGGAUAUUAUUAUCAAGUACAGACACAGUUGUUCAUGGCAGACCGCCAGUAUUGUGAUUUUUUUGUAUGGAGCCCUUUUGCCCAUCAUCUGGAAAGAAUUUACCAAGAUAAAGAACUGUGGUCCAUCAUCUGUCAUAAGGGGCAGGAAUUUCAUAGAAAUGUUAUUAUGCCAGAGUUGGUAUGUGGGUUUUUUUCCCGCAGGAUAUCCACCAAGGAAUUGCCCACAUAUUGUGUUUGUGGUGGUGUCGAUGAUGGCCGUCGAAUGAUAGCCUGUGAUGAUGACAGUUGUGACAUUGUUUGGUACCACAUGUCAUGUAUAAAUAUGAAAAGGGCCCCUGGAAAGGGGAAGAAAUGGUUUUGCAGCAAAUGCACUUAGGAAUCCCAAAUAAAAUUGUCAUUAUUUUCCCAACUCUGAAUGUAUAACAGUAUCAGUCUCAACAUGGGUGUCUCAUUUUGUUGUGAUGUAGUGUGCAAU